AUGACUACAUUCACUAAUGCAACCAAUGCAACCAAUGCAACCAAUGCAACAAUUCUUCCACCAGAUCAAGCAAAUAUUAAUUUCAAACCUACAACUACAGCUGUUUCCAAAGUACAAAAAUUAAAAUUACAUGUAUUAUUAGAUUCUACAAUUUAUACAGCAGGUGGAAUAUUAAGUGGAAGAUUGGUUCUAACUAGUGCCUCUUCAAAGUCUUUGAAACUUGGUGAAAUAUCUUGUGAAUUAACUGCUUAUGAAGUAUUUCAAAGUUCAAAUUUACCACCUUCGAAUGCUGUUCAUGGACCACCAUUAAAUGGUUAUUGGACCGCAAAAAAAGGAAAAACUACUUUUCCAUUUGCAUUUAAGAUACCUAUUGAUGCACCAAGUUCAAUGGAAUAUGGAAGUAACGCUUCUUUAAGAUAUAUUGUUACUGGAGUUAUACAAUUUAUGAAUAACGGUAAACAAGAUACAAUAUUUAAAUCAAAAGGGGCAUUUGUAGUUGAAGCAUGGGAUAGAGAUAAUUCUAUUUACAGGCAACCAAUCGAUGCUGUUAACAUGAAACAAUUAUGGAUGGGUGGUAGUGGUGCUGUAUUAUUAGAGGCUACUUUAUUAGAGACAUUAUUUCAAAGUGGUGGUAAUGUUAGUAUUAAAGUUAGAGUAAAGAAUGAUACCAAGCGAAGGGUUGAUCAAGUCAAGAUUGUAGGUGAGACUGUUAGUGAAGAAUGGUUUAAAAAUAAAGAUUUUUUGUUUGAUUGUGGUGAAGAUAGAUCAACUACAGUUCAUAUUCAUGAUGUUCGAAAAGAUGAUGAUGAAGUUCUUGAAUAUAUUGCAUCACCUGUAAACAUUCCAUCUAAACAAGGAAAUAGAUCUUUACCUUGGUCAAAUGAUGAAGAAGGAUAUCAUCGUGGUCGUCAUUCACCAAAAAAUUCAUUUGGGUCAAGUUUAUUUGGAUCUGCGAGUCCAAAGAAAUUUGGUUCAUUUGCACAAUCCUUCUUAGGUAAAUCUAAACAAAUGUCACCAUCUUCACCACCAUCAAGAUUAAUUGCAAAAUCUCCACCAUUAGCUCCUGCUUCUCCGUAUGCAUAUAUUCCAGCUAUUGAACGUGUAAGAUAUCUUUCUUUUUCUACACAAGAACAAACUGCUAUACAAAAACGUCCUUUCACUCCUACCAGAUCUACUUUGAUGGCAGAGUCAGAAUAUGGUUAUAAUGUGUCCCCUCCUAAACCAUUAAAAAUGGUACAAAAAUGGUUAGAUAAUCAAGAUGAUGAUAGUCCCCCUGAAGUUCCAAAUCCUUUAAUUGAUCCAAUUGAUAAAAUUAAUCAACCUACGACACCAUCAUCUCAAUGGUCACAUAUUAAUCAGGUACAAGAAGUUAUAACGAAAUCACCACCGAAUCAAGUUAUAUCAACAAUUGAUCAAUCACAACAAGUUUCUGUUCCAAUACCAAUUCAAAAUAUUUCAAAAUUUUCAGAUAAAACAUUUCAACGUAGUAAUAGUAUUGUAUCUUCUCCUCCCGGACCUUCUGGAAUUUCAUUAUUAAUGAACAAUAAAUCACCUAAGUCAUCUGUUCUUGAUACAUUUGAGGACAAAUCAUUGAUAAACUCGACAAACAUUUCUAAUGAUCAAUCAAAUUAUCUUCAAUUACCUAAAGAUGAACAAGUUAGAUCUAGAACACCACCACCUACAACUUCAAAACCUUCAAGUGAUACAACAACAACUGAUACAACAACAGCUGCUGUUGGUGGAGUUGGUGUAAAUUUAUCUGCAUUAUUGAAAUGGGGAGGUUCUUGGAUUGGUUAUAGUAAUAAUCCCGAAUAUGAUAAAAAUGAUAAUCAAGAGAAUGAGAAGAACGAUAAUAAUUUGGAUUCGAAUGAAAUUGUUACAAAAAACGAGACAAUUGUUGAUGGAAAGCAACGUAAAGAACUUCCACCUCCACCAGGGUACGCAACUGAAUCGGUUAAAGCACGCGCAAUAAAAGUUGAAGAUAUUGUACAAAAUGAACAAACAGGUGAAAUUGAAUCUGAAAUAUUGAAUGAAGGAUUGAUUACAAGAAAAACAAGGAGAAUUUUACCUCCGCCACCUGAAGAUGCAACUGAUACUAAAAAAGCACGCGCAAUUAAGGUUGAUGAAUAUAAAAAUAUUCAGGACGUUUUUAAUGUAGAUGGAUCGUCAGAAAAUACUUCUAAAAUGACUAACAAUCAAAAUGAACAGAAUGCAUUAACGACAGAAGUUCGACCACAACGUAAUCUACCUCCUAUUCCUAAAAAAUCACCAUCACUCAAGAAUAUAAAUAUAAAAAAUAAAGAACCAAGCAAAAGUACAAUUGUAUCACCAACAAUUGAAAAUGAGAUAACUUUAUCUUCAAAAAUAGUCAAUGAUACUACAAAAAUUCGUUCAAUAUCAUCUAGCCCGCCGGUACCACCGAAACCAUCACAUCUUUCUACCAGUCCUCCCUCUCAAUCUUCCCCUCAUCAACAAUCCAAAAAUAUUUCUAGUUCACCACCAAAAUCUUCACCAAAAUCUUCAAUGCCAUCAAAACCUGUUACCACUAAUCAAAAUUUCAAUAAAGCAUCAAUAUUUGCAGCAUUAGGACAAAGGAAAUUACCCAUUAGUAAAGUUUCGAAUGUAAUAUCAACACCAAACAAUAAAUCUAGUCCACCAACUAAACCAAUUAAACAUUCACCACCAACUAAACAUUCACCACCAAUUAAACAAUCACCACCAAUUAAACAAUCGGGAUUUAAUGUACCACGUAAACCCAUAAGUCAAAACAAUAUUCUGAAAGAACCUGAUGUAAAUAUUGAUAAAAGAAAAGAACCCACAAAUGGUGUGAAGAAUAUUGAUUUUGACGAAAUUAAUGAACAAUCAAAAAAUAUUGAUAAUCAAAUAUUAGGUGAAAAUAUAAUACCUUCUGAAUCAAAAAUCUCAUCAUCACCUAAAAAAUCAUCACCAUCAUUAACUAUAACUAGUUCAGAUCCAAUUCCUAAUGCUAACCUUGCAAGGAAAAAAACAUUUAGACAACAUAAACUUGAACCGAUGUUACCAACACUUUCACAAAUUACUUUAACAAAACCAAAUAACGAAAAUAUAAUCAUUGAAGAAGGAGAAGAUUAUUUUAAUACUGAAACAACCAAAUUUUCAUCAUCACCAAUGAUAUUAAGUCCAAGAUUACAAGAGUAUAUUAGUAAAUACAAUAAGGCAACUACUGGUGGAAUGUAA